CUGUUCCUGCAUGCUAUAACGUGCUGCUCCCCCUGCUGGUCUGCUUGAUUGUAUACACCUGUUUCUUAUGCUGCAUUCCAGUUGUAUUCGGAGCUGGAAAAUUGCGACACGCCCGUCAGAAAAGCAAACUAGAACACCCACCGAAGUCGGAUUUUCCACUGGGAAACUGGGAGCAAGUCCCAAUACCUCCCAGCUACGAUUUGUAAACCUGACUUUGUGUUUCAAUAUGGCCGCUCCUCUUAUCAACAGUGAUGACGUCUUAUCAGCUGUUUAACUCGAGUAUCCGGAUCCAAACCGUCUCCGAAAGGAAGUCCUCUGAGUGAAGCAGAUAUUCAACAUGGAAAAGCCCAUAGAUGUCUAUAAAUAUGCAUGGAGGCGAUUGUGACGCAAGGGCAGAGGACAGAGGCAGCACCGGCGUCAGUGGGGUACGAUGGAGGAGGACGGCUGCACCAUCCGUCUGCGGCUCGCUCCUCACAACUGACCCCUUCUCUCUGGAAACGUCCCGCCAAGUUAUCGAAGGAAACUACCACCUCUGUCCUUCACGAGAUCACAAGUUCUGGAGCUCAACUUCUGCAGGACCGCCGUUCACACCCUUCGCAAUAAUUUCUCCCGUUGUACACGCCCACACUCCUCAUCACACCCUCACCUUCAAACCGAAGCCCACUGCACUUCCCCGUCGCCUCCUGGACUCGUGUGUUUGGGUUGUUCUUCAUUAUUGCUGCUUGCUGACCUUUCGAGCUGAGUGGAUUUACUUUUCUCCUGUGGUGGACCAUGGGGCUGGGGUGGCGGGACGUAGGAGGGACCCCCGGGAAAAGGACAGGGGGGAGCUGGUACCUUUUGGUGACAUUGCUGCUCUGUGGUUUCUGGAAGGCUCACUCGCAGACAGACGAUGGGAAGUCUGUCUACUUCUGGGAAACAGGUCCGUGGGGGCGAUGCAUGGGCAGCGACUGCGGCCCGGGCGGCAGCCAAAGCCGGGCGGUCUGGUGCGCCCACGUGGACGGCUGGACGACCCUCCACACCAACUGUGACCAGGCUCAGCGGCCCUCCAACCAGAGGAACUGCUUCCGCGUGUGCGACUGGCACAAGGACCUGUACGACUGGCAGCUGGGAGCCUGGAAUGAAUGCGUGCCGGUGUCGGCCAGGACCUUUGGCGCCGCGCGGCAGUUCACUUGCAGCGGCGGCGAGGAGGGCAUUCAGACCCGGGAGGUGGGCUGCACGCUCAAGGCGGAUGGGUCCCCAGCAGAGGACGCCAUCUGUGAGUACUUUGAGCCCAAGCCGCGCCUGGAGCAGGCGUGUUUGAUCCCUUGCCCUCAGGACUGCGUGGUCACCGAAUAUUCGCCAUGGACCUCCUGCUCCAAAACGUGCGGAACGGGCCUCAGGAACAGAGUCCGCAGCGUCCUGGUUCCUCCGCUUUUCGGAGGAGCCGGUUGCCCGAACCUCACCGAGUUCCAGUCCUGUAAACCGGGAGCUUGUGUGGGUCCGGAAGGCCUGUACAGCCUUAGGGUCGGACCGUGGACCCCCUGCGUCCUGACCCAGACCCGGACCGCACGGCAGGCGAAACGGCGGAAAGGCAAAGGUCAGGGGCUCAGGGAACGAGGAGGAGUGAAGGAUCCUGAAACCAGGGAGCUGAUUCAAAAGAAACGGUCCAGGAACCGGCUGAACCGCCAGGACAGUCCGUUCUGGGACAUCCAGGUGGGAUACCAGACCCGGGAAGUGGCCUGCAUCCACCGGAACGGCAGCAAAGUGGGGCGCAACCUGUGCAUACCGCGGGAGCUGCCGCUGACCAUCCAGUCCUGCGUCCUCCCUAAAGACUGCCAGGUAACGGAGUGGACCGAGUGGAGCUCCUGCUCCAAAGCCUGCGCGGACCCCGAGUCUCCAAGAGGAAACCGCACCCGGAGACGACAGGUGCUCCAGUUCUCUGUUGGCGAGGGCGUUGAGUGUCCAGUACUGGAGGAGACGGAGUCCUGUGAACCUCCGGGGGGAAGCGUUCCUCCCUGUGCAAGUUACACAUGGAGAACCACGGAGUGGAGCGACUGUCGGGUCGACGUGCUGCUGAGCCAACAAGACCGACGGCGCACCAACAUGACCGGGCUCUGCGGCGGAGGCCUGCAGACGAGGGAAGUUUAUUGUGUCCAGGCGAACGCAGAGCUUCUGAAAUACCUGAACAACCUCAAAGAAAAAGACAAAGCGGGUCAGACCCAAAGACAACAGAAGCCUAGUGUCCCCCCUCUCCUCUCCAUCACCUUCCAGAUUACAGCCUCCCGCCCGGUGGAGAACCAGCUGUGCAUGGGUCCGUUCCCUAACAGAUCCCAGCUCUGCCAGAUCCCCUGUCCCAUCGACUGCGAGGUUUCGCCGUGGGGGGCCUGGGGGCCGUGCAUCUUUGAGAACUGCAACGAUCAGACCGGAAAGAAAGGCUUCAAACUGAGGAAACGACAGAUUACCAACGAACCAACCGGGGGCUCAGGAAGCUGCCCUCACCUUGUGGAGGCCAUGCCAUGUGAUGAACCCAGCUGCUACAAAUGGCAGCUGGUCAGCCUGGACAGGUGUAUUCCUGAUGACAGGAAGCAGUGCGGCACUGGGACUCAGCUGCCUCAAGUUCAAUGCAUCAACAGCAACGGGGAGCUCGUGGACAGAAGCCUAUGUUCGUCCUCGGCCGUUUUGGAGCCCGUUUCCUGUGAGGUGCCCUGUGCCAGAGACUGCGUGCUCAGCGACUGGACGCCGUGGUCGACCUGCUCCCAGACGUGCUCCAGCAAAACCGUGGAGGGCAAGCAAAUGAGGACCCGCUCCAUUCUGGCGUACAACGCCGGGGAAGGUGGUUCGCUGUGUCCGAACAGCAGCGCCUUGCAGGAGGUGCGGAACUGUAACGAACACGCCUGCAUCGUUUAUCACUGGCAGACGGGGCCCUGGGGGUCGUGCACCGAGGACCCCUCCACCGCACCGCUCAACACCUCUGCAGGGACGCGUCCUGUCAGGGCUGAAGUGUCAGGUUUAUCUAAAGCAGGAAACCUUCAAAGGAAACAUUUGGCAGGGGCAGUGUUGUGUAAAAUCAACUUUAUUGAUGUUAUUCCCUCAUCUAAAAUGUGUCCAGAAGGCCCGCGCCCAAACACGAUGCGAGCGUGUCAGCUGCCUUGCAAGAAGGACUGCAUCGUGACUCCUUUCAGCGACUGGACUGAGUGUUUGGUUUCCUGCGAUUCAGGUGGUGAAGUUGUGAAGAGAAAGCAAUCAAGGAGACGUCUGGUCAUCCAGACACCUUCUAAUGGAGGACAGGAUUGCCCGCUGGUGCUUGAAGAGGAGAAGGACUGUGAGGUGCCCAAAGUCUGUCCCGGCUUCAGGUACAAGCACCACUGUGGUCCCGCUGUGUCCUGCCGCCAGCUGGACGGGACGCAGGCCGACAUCAGCGAGUGCCUGAAGUCCGCCAAGUCCAUGCCCGCCAUCACUCAGCGCUGUCAGCUCCCCUGCCAGGAUGACUGCCAGUUAACCAACUGGUCCAAGUUCUCCUCCUGCACAGCUGACUGUGUGGGGGUCCGGACCAGAAAGAGGGCAUUGAUAGGGAGAAGCAAAAAGAAGGACAAGUGCAAAAACACACAGAUGUACCCUCUGAGCGAGACGCAGUACUGUCCCUGCGAUAAGUACAACGCCCAGCCGGUGGGGAAGUGGUCUGACUGCAUCCUGCCUGAGGGGGGGAGGGCAGACGGCACUGCGCCGAUGAAGGUCCAGGGAGACAUCAAGGAGUGCGGACAGGGCUACCGCUAUCAGGCCAUGGUGUGCUACGACCAAGACAACCGGCUGGUGGAGACCUCACGCUGCAACAGCCACGGUUAUAUCGAGGAGGCGUGCAUUAUUCCCUGUCCAUCAGACUGUAAACUCAGUGAAUGGUCCAACUGGUCCCGCUGCAGCAAGUCCUGUGGGAGUGGAGUGAAAGUACGCUCCAAGUGGCUUCGGGAGAAACCGUACAAUGGAGGACGGCCGUGUCCAAAACUGGACCACAUCAACCAGGCCCAGGUGUACGAGGUGGUGCCGUGUCAGAGCGACUGCAGUCAGUACGUCUGGGUCGCCGAGCCGUGGAGCGUUUGGAAAGUCAGCAACGUGGAUCUGAAGGAGAACUGUGGGGAGGGAGUCCAGACCCGAAAAGUCAGGUGCAUGCUGAACACGGUGGACGGCCCGUCGGAGGCCGUGGAGGAUUACCUGUGCGACCCGGAGGAGAUGCCGCUGGGAGCCAGGGAGAGCCGGCUGCCGUGUCCGGAGGACUGCGUCCUGAACGACUGGGGCGCCUGGAGCCGCUGCAGCAUGCCCUGCACCAGGAACAACAGCCGGGUGCGGACAGCGUACGCCCUGCGGUACCCCGGCGUGGGCCGGCAGUGCCCGGAGCUGUCCGACAGAGAGCCGUGCAGUCUGAACCUCAACUGCUUCAACUACUUCUACAACAUCACAGACUGGAGCACUUGUCAGCUGAGCCCCAACGCCGUUUGUGGAAGCGGCAUCAAGACCCGGAUGCUCGACUGCGUUCGCAGUGACGGCAAAUCUGUAGAUAUUAAAUUCUGCGAGGAGCUGAGUUUGGAGAAGAACUGGCAGAUGAACGUCUCGUGCACCGUCGAGUGUCCCGUCAACUGCCAGCUGUCGGAGUGGUCGGUCUGGUCCGAAUGUUCGCAAACCUGUGGGCUAGAGGGUAAGAUGCAGAGGCAGCGCUCGGUGGUUCAGGCCUCACAGGGCGACGGCCGGCCGUGUCCGUCCCAGAUGGAGCAGUGGAAACCCUGCCCGGUUCGACCCUGCUACCGGUGGCAGUACAGCCCCUGGUCUGAGUGUCGGGUCGAGAGUGUGGUGUGUGGACACGGCACUCGCUACAGGAACCUGUCCUGCUUCGUGUCGGACGGCGACGGCGAGAGCAGCAUGGUGGACGAGGAGCUGUGCAGCAGCCUGGAGCUGGCCGUCAACGGAGACAAGAAAAUCAUACUGAAGGAAGCUUGUACCCUCCCAUGUCCAGGCGAAUGCUACCUGAUGGAGUGGUCUGACUGGAGCUCAUGUGUCAACAUCUGUGUGAAAGGAGCCGGCGUGGACUUCGGCUCCGUUCAGGUCCGGUCCCGAGCCGUCCUGGCCCAGGAGCCUGAAAACCUGCAGCUGUGUCCAGACCAGGCUUGGGAGUCGCAGCCCUGCACAGGAGGCGAAUGUUUCCAGUAUAAGUGGUUCAGCAGCGGCCGUCCGAACUCCAGCCGCCCGGUUGUCUGGUGUCAGCGCUCGGAUGGACUCAACGUCACCGGUGGUUGUCCUGCAAUGAAUCCUCCGGUGGACAACAGCUCCUGUGACCCGCCCUGUCUCAUGACAAAGUCUUUCUGUAGCGAGGCCGGGAUGUGCAUGUGCGAGGAGGGCUUCACAGAGGUCCUGUCGCCUGCGGGUCAGCUGGACCAGUGCGCCCCCAUCCCAGUCCUGGAGAUUCCCACUGCAGGUGACAAGAAAGGGGACGUAAAGACCAGUCGUGCCAUUAACCCCACGCUGCCCAGCACCAUCCAGCCGGGACGCACGGGCCGGACCUGGUACCUGCAGCCCUACGGACCGGAUGGGAAGCUGAAGAUGUGGGUGUACGGUGUAGCAGCAGGAGCCUUUGUUCUCCUCAUUUUCAUAGUGUCUAUGAUAUACCUAGCUUGCAGCGCGUGCGUCAAGGUGCAUCGCUCUCUUAAGGCCCAAGAGUCUGACGCCAACGGGACGGCGGUGUGGAUGGGCCAGAACUCUCACGAGAUGGUUUACACCUGUCCCCAGUGCCAAGAGCUGGCUCAGAGCAAUAGUAGCUAAAGAGGAUGUGGAGGGCUCAGUCCCACCCCGACUCUCCCUCCACUAUAAGCACCAGCAGUCCCUCAGUUUCCCUGUGAGCUCGAAAAGUGUCCCAUAUUCGGCCUGAGAGGCUGGGUAAAGGUCCAGCAAAAAGCCAAAGAGACCUCAGAGACAGAGGCAGCAGAACAACCGGCUCAAGCCGCUGACGCUCGCCUACGACGGGGACACGGACAUGUAGAGCCGCUCCGCUGUCACACAAACCCCUCCAUGACAGCGAGCGAUGUUGCAGCGUGAAUGGACUCGCCUAUUCCGAUUAGAUUUUCCUUAACCAAAACCUUCAUGACCUCCAGUUCGCUCAAUGAAAUGCCUUUUAUUUUUAAACUGAGAGUCUCCUACUCUUUCACCCCCGCGCUUUCCUGAAAACCCUGACUAGCUGGAGGCUUUGGACGCUCUGACGGUUUGUUUGUUGCCAAAAGUCACCGCAGGGAAGAAGAAGAAGAGGAGGAGGAGGAGGGAGAGGAAAAUCUCCAUCAAAAGGUUUGGAUUCCUUUUCCUUCCCUCAAUCCUCAGCUAGGUUUUGACUCAAAUCUCUCUUUUCCAGUCUUUUUAUUUCUCCUUGAUUCAGAGGCCUGUGUUUGUGGGAUAAACUGAUCGGCGGCCUUCACCCUCGCUUUGUUUCAGGCGCUACAUUGCACUAUAUUAGUGCAGCAUGAUAUGCACACGUGACUUCUACCUUUUAUUGCCAUAAAACACUGCCUCUUCCACAAACACAACGAAUGGGAACCAACCAGAGAGACCCACCAGUAAAUAUCUGUAUAGGUUUCAUUUCUCUGUUUUUUUCUUUGUUUUCUUUUGGUUGUAGUAAAAGUCAAUCUUUUUGUGGUUUGUAGAUUUCGUCGGGUGUUUUUUUUUUUUUUUUUUUCCUCCCAGAUGUAAGUAUGAGCAUUUUAUAAAUUGAAUAAAUGAAAUUUCUUGCGGUUUAGCUGAACUGAAACGCGUCCCGGAGAGAAACUGAAGCCAUUCAUGUCAUGCAAACAUAAUUUCUGCCUUACUGGUAACCAAUCUACUGCUCUUAAUGUUUGACCUGGCAAAUAUUAAACACAACAGAACAAGCAGACAAAAAAACGUAAACAAAUCAACUCUCUCCUGUAGUUACAGUGUUAUAAAUGCUCCAGUCUCACUACAAUGAGAUAAUAUACAUAUAUAUAAAUAUAUAUACAUAUAAAUAAAAUACACUGUACAGAUGAACUAUACAAUAUGUGAAUAUUAAGAAUAUGCCUCUGAUUUCAGUGUAAAAGCAAACUGGUGUGGAGAAUGUUUACUUUUUUCGUGAAAUUUGUAAAUAAUGACUUUUUUAUUUUUUUGAAAAAAAAAAAUCAAAAGUAUGUGUAAAUUUAUUUUGUAUCGCACAGAAAAUGUUAGUUUGAAUAUUGCGAAGUGGGUGUAUGAUAUUGCUGAUUGUUGUUACUAUGAUGCAAGUUGUAUGUUGUGACUAAGAAAACUAAAAAAAAUAAUAAUCAGAGGGGAAGAAAAAGAGAAACACGAAGAACUGGUUGUUUUGUACAGGUUGUUCAUAUCUGGAAAGAAUUACUGAAAAUAAACGCGGACUCGGCUGCAAACAGA